UUAUUGGUUUUACAUUAUUUUUUCACAGGGGAACUGAUCACAGCCGCACAUGAGCUUGGAGUUGCCCAUCCUCCUGGCUAUCCUUUGUUCACUCUGGUGGCUAAACUGGCAAUUAUACUAUUUCCUUUUGGUUCCAUUGCCUACCGAGUCAAUCUUCUGUGUGGCUUAUUUGGAGCAGUAGCUGCAUCAUUACUUUUUUCCACCGUUUUCAGGCUUUCUGGCUCAUAUGCGGGAGGAAUCCUUGCUGCGGGGGUGUUUUCAUUUUCUCGUCUAACAUGGCAGUGGUCCAUUGCAGCAGAGGUUUUUAGCUUAAACAAUCUGUUUGUGGGGCUGCUUAUGGCUCUUACUGUACAUUUUGAGGAGGCAGCAACGGCAAAAGAAAGAUCAAAGAUAGCUAAAAUUGGUGCUUUCUGCUGUGGCCUUAGCUUAUGUAAUCAGCACACAAUAGUACUCUAUGUUUCAUGCAUAAUACCAUGGAUUCUCUUUCGGCUUUUAAAAGAGAAGGAACUCUCCCUGGGCUCCUUGUUGAAGUUGAGUCUGUACUUCACUGCGGGGUUGCUGCCCUAUAUCUAUCUUCCUAUUUCAUCCUACCUCAAUCAAGCCCGCUGGACCUGGGGAGACCAGACAACGGUGCUAGGAUUUUUGACUCAUUUUCUCAGAGAAGAAUAUGGAACAUUCAGUCUGGCCAAAUCUGAAAUAGGAUCCAGUAUGUCUGAAAUUUUACUUUCUCAGGUAACAAAUAUGAGGACCGAACUCUCAUUCAACAUUCAAGCCCUUGCAGUUUGGGCUAAUAUAUGUUUAGUAAGAAAGAACAGGCAGAACCCAUCAUUAGUAUGGCUUUUUACUGGAAUGUUUUGCAUUUAUUCAUUGUUCUUUGCUUGGAGGGCAAAUUUAGAUAUUUCAAAACCACUGUUCAUGGGUGUGGUGGAGCGGUUCUGGAUGCAGAGCAACGCAGUGGUGGCCGUCCUCGCUGGCGUCGGGCUGGCUGCGCUGGCGUCGGAGAGUAAUCGCGUGCUGAACGCCAAGGGGCUGCAGUGUCUGGAAUGGCUUUCUGCAACCCUUUUUGUAAUUUACCAAAUAUAUUCUAAUUACAGCAUUUGUGACCAAAAGACCAACUAUGUGAUUGAUAAAUUUGCAAAGAACCUUCUAGCCUCUAUGCCUCAUGACGCAAUUAUCUUACUCAGAGGAGAUUUGCCAGGAAAUUCUCUCCGUUACAUGCAUUAUUGUGAGGGACUGAGGCCAGACAUUUCGUUGGUGGAUCAGGAAAUGAUGACUUAUGAGUGGUACUUACCCAAGAUAGCAAAGCAUUUACCAGGAAUCAACUUCCCUGGGAACCGAUGGAAUCCUGUGGAAGGAAUAUUACCUAGUGGAAUGGUCACAUUUAAUCUUUAUCAUUUUCUUGAAAUAAACAAACAAAAAGAAACAUUUGUUUGCAUAGGAAUUCAUGAAGGUGACCCCACCUGGAAAAAGAACUAUUCACUUUGGCCAUGGGGUUCUUGUGACAAAUUAGUCCCUUCAGAGAUUGUGUUCCACCCUGAAGAAUGGAUUAAACUUACAAGAAAUAUCUAUAACUGGACUGAAGAAUAUGGACGGUUUGAUCCAUCUUCUUGGGAAUCCGUGGCCAAUGAAGAGAUGUGGCAAGCAAGGAUGAAAACACCGUUCUUCAUCUUUAACCUGGCAGAGACCAUGAAGAUGCCUCCCAGCGUGAAAGCUCAGCUCUACACUCACGCACAUGACCUUUAUAAGGAGAUCGUCUACUCCCAGAAGGAACACCCAGUGAACUGGCACAAGAACUACGCCAUCGCCUGCGAGCGGGUGCUGCGCCUGCGCCGGCGGGAAGGCGGCGCGGACCCCGAGGUCCUGCUGUCGGAAACCAUCCGGCACUUCGGCCUCUACGCCCGGAAGGAGCCCAGUGACCCGCAGCUGGCCGAUGUGGUCGCUGCUCUAAGGCACCUGAGAAAAGAACUGCAGAGUCUGAGAAGUAUGAAAAAAGGCCGAGAUAGCGAAAUGUGAAGAACCUGCUUGUCAUCCUGCUUCCAAAACUUCAAGGUCCAAAACUUUCUCCUCCGAGAAAGGAAACUGAAUGAAACAUUGAAGACCGAGCUCCUUCCCAGAUGGAAGAAACACGGUGCGGCAGUACUUGUCAUGGG